AUGGCUCUUCUAAAUUGGAAAACUAGCCUUAACAACAAAAGCCAGUCUCUCUUGUCCUCGUGGGUUGGAACCACUCCUUGCAAUUGGGUCGGAAUAAAUUGCGACCACUCUGGAAGCGUCACCCAUCUGAACCUUUCAAAUUAUGGUUUGAGAGGUACGCUUCACAAUCUCAACUUUCAAUCCCUCCCCCAUUUACUCAGUCUUAACCUUUCUCACAACUCACUAUCUGGAAUCAUUAACUCAAAUAUUUCUCACCUCUCCAAACUCUUUCUUCUUGACCUUUCUGGUAAUCAAUUCACUGGGAGAAUUCCUUUUGAAAUAGGCAAAUUAACUAGCCUUCAUGUCAUUGACCUUUCUGCGAACCAUAUGACUGGCCUUAUUCCUCAAGACUUAGGAGCAUUAAGUUCUUUGAGUAAGCUUGAUUUCUCAUCUAACAAUCUCACAGGUGUCAUCCCGACUUUUCUUGGAAACCUAAGCAACCUAAUUAUUCUAUAUCUUCAUAUGAACCAGCUUUUUGGUUCUAUCCCGCAAGAAUUAGGAAUGCUAAGUUCUCUAACCAACCUUGCGUUACAAUCAAAUAACCUCAUAGGUGUCAUCCCUGCCUCUCUUGGAAACUUGAGCAAAUUGACAAAUUUAUAUCUUUUUGAAAACCAACUUUCUGGUUCCAUCCCUCAAGAAUUAGGAAUGCUAAGUUCUUUGACUGACCUUGAGUUAUCAACAAACAAACUUACAGGUGUCAUCCCUGCCUCUCUUGGAAAAUUGAGCAAACUGGCAACUUUAUAUCUUUUUGAAAACCAACUUUCUGGUUCCAUCCCUCAAGAAUUAGGAAUGCUAAGUUCUCUGAUUGACCUUGAUUUAUCAACAAACAAACUUAUAGGUGUCAUCCCUGCCUCUCUUGGAAACUUGAGCAAACUGACAACUUUAUAUCUUUUUGAAAACCAACUUUCUGGUUCCAUCCCUCAAGAAUUAGGAAUGUUAAGUUCUUUGACUGACCUUAAGUUAUCAACAAACAAUCUCACGGGUGUCAUCCCUGCUUUUCUUGGAAACUUAAGCAACCUAACCACUUUAUAUCUUCAUACGAAUCAACUUUCUGGUUUCAUCCCUCAAGAAUUAGGAAUGUUAAGUUCUCUGAUUGACCUUGAGUUAACAACAAACAAUCUUACAGGUGUCAUCCCUGCCUCUCUUGGAAACUUGAGCAAACUGACAACUUUAUAUCUUUUUGAAAACCAACUUUCUGGUUCCAUCCCUCAAGAAUUAGGAAUGCUAAGUUCUCUGACUGACCUUGAGUUAUCAAUAAACAAUCUCAUGGGUGUCAUCCCUGCUUUUCUUGGAAACUUAAGCAACCUAAACACUUUAUAUCUUCAUACAAAUCCACUUUCUGGUUCCAUUCCUCAAGAAUUAGGAAUGCUAACUUCUCUGAUUUACCUUAAGUUAACAACAAACAAUCUUACAGGUGUCAUCCCUGCCUCUCUUGGAAACUUGAGCAAAUUGACAACUUUAUAUCUUUUUGAAAACCAACUUUCUGGUUCCAUCCCUCAAGAAUUAGGAAUGCUAAGUUCUCUGAUUGACCUUGAGUUAGCAAUAAACAAUCUUACAGGUUUCAUCCCUGCCUCUUUUGGAAACUUGAGUAAAUUGACAACUUUAUAUCUUUCUAAAAACCAACUUUCUGGUUCCAUCCCUCAAGAAUUAGGAAUGCUAAGUUCUCUGACUGACCUUGACUUAUCAAUAAACAAUCUCACGGGUUUCAUCCCUGCUUCAUUUGGAAACUUAAGCAAACUAACCAGUAUAUAUCUUCAUACAAAUCGACUUUCUGGUUCCUUCCCUCAAGAAUUUGGAAUUGUAUAA